UUAAAGCAGAACCAAAUCAAAUACCUGAUGCCGGAUCGAUUUAUACUUCACAAUAUAUUUUCUCAUUUUUAAGGUAAGAAAACGCUACCACCACGCACAGACACAUGGGAAAGUGGAGGCAGGCUGUUGACGCGUAUUGGUCUCGGUCCUCUUCCAGAGUCUCUCACACACUGACCGACUCAUUUAGACAGGUUCCCUUUGCAUGCUUCAAGGUAGUCUAGGGUUCGUACCAAAAAAAAAAAAAAAAAGGUAAUCUAGGGUUUCUGGAUCUUCUGUCGUCCCCGUUAGGCUGCUGAAGACACUUCAACUGGGAAAAAAGAUCAGAUUGGCUGAAUGUGGUCCAGGUUGAGCCAGAUAUAUGCUGGUUCGAUGGUUAAAAAGUGUGGACCAGGGUUGAAACUGAUUUUAAUGCUCAAUCAUAGGACUUGAACUGCAUCAAUGAGAAUCGCAGAGCAUUAUUGUGCUUAUCAACUGCACUUCUGGAAUUCCUAGAAUUGAGUUAGAAAUCUUGAUUACAGAGUUGGCCAGAAUUUCAAAAUUCCAGAAGUAUAAUCUGAACCAAAUAUCUCUGAAGUCUAAGAAAAAAAAAAAAAAAACCUUUUUAUGGACCAAAUCUAAUCUAAAACCUGUGGAGAACAGAAAGUAGAAGUACUAGACAUAUAGCAAAAAGAUUUUUGCUGGUGAGCGUUCUUCAAGGAGGGAGGCAUGGAGUCUAUGUAUCACAAUGGCAUCUGAGUAGAAGAUGUUUUAAAGUACUUGAGAGUGGUUACUCCAUCACACAUCUUCGGAGUUCCUCAAAAGGACAGGGGGACUUUUUGAAGAGACUUCCAUUGAUGAAACUGCUGGAACUGUAGCCUAAUGACUUUUGAAAAGACUUCCACUGAUGAAACUGCUGGAACUGUAGCGUAAUCAUAGACUGAACCAUAUCGGGGGUGACACUUCCAGAAGUAGCAGGCUGAUCAAGGUCUGAUGUUAAAGAUAGGGUAGACAAAGCUGCAGUCGGGCUAUUGGCUCAGAGGAGGUUUGCUGGAGGAUGGAAUAACAACAAACUUUUAAGGCUGAAGAAUAAAGGCGCUACUUAGCCCAUGGGAGGGGAAGCUAAAGUAAGUGACUCAGAAAGGUCAGGUGGUUUUAUAUCUCAGACUGCGCAUGGAGUCCAAGUGAGAAUUAGAAAGGGUGAUAACUGAAAGGAGAGUUAAAGAUGUCGGGAAUGGGAGAUGGGUAUGUGGGUACAGCCCAAGAUGCAGUGCGGAUACGGAGGCUGGAGAAACAGAGGGAAGUCGAGCGGAGGAAAAUCCAAGAGCUCAAGAACAAGUCUGCUUCUGCAGGGGGACAGAAUGGUCUUCUUCAGUUUGGCUCUGGCACUUCUGAGAUUCUUGAGACUGCUUUUAAAAGGGAGACAGUUGGUCUUGUUACCAGAGAGCAGUAUGUUGAGAAGAGGGUCAAUAUCCGUAAUAAAAUUGAGGAGGAAGAGAAGGAGAAACUUCAAAAAUUGCAACAGGAGGAGGAGGAACUUCAGUUAGAAAAACGGAAAAAGAGGAAGAUAAAAGGAAAUUCACGUCUUUCAUUUGCUGAUGAUAUUGACAAUGGAAGUGAUGAGGAGAAUGAGGAAAAUGCUGCAGGACAGGCGUUGAAGAUGUUUGGGAAAUAUGGCAAGGAUCCAACUGUUGAGACAAGUUUUCUACCAGAUAGUGUGAGAGAAGCAGAGGAACAGGCUGAACAGGAAAGAUUGCAGAAACAGUGGCUUUGUGAGCAGAAGCAGAUCAAAAAUGAGCCCCUUGAAAUUACUUACAGCUAUUGGGAUGGAGCAGGCCAUAGGCGUGUGAUUCAGGUACGGAAAGGUGAUACCAUAGGAGAGUUUCUUCGGGCUGUUCAGCAGCAACUUGCUCCUGAAUUCCGAGAGGUCCGGACAACCUCAGUGGAGAACUUGCUUUAUGUCAAGGAAGAUUUGAUCAUUCCCCAUCAACAUAGUUUCUAUGAGCUAAUUGUCAACAAAGCUAGGGGCAAAAGCGGACCGCUUUUCCACUUUGAUGUACAUGAGGAUGUUCGGACAAUCGCUGAUGCAACAAUAGAGAAGGAUGAGUCCCAUGCUGGAAAGGUGGUGGAGAGGCAUUGGUAUGAGAAGAAUAAGCAUAUCUUCCCUGCUUCAAGAUGGGAGAUUUAUGACUCAACAAAGAAAUGGGAGCGUUAUACCAUUCAUGGGGAUUGAUGGAAGCCCGGCGUUCUCUGUUUUUUUUUUUUUUUUGGGUGGGGGGGGAGUUGUCGUCUGAAAAAGUCAUCUACCUUAGCUAAAUUUUUCUUUGUUGGCAAAAGAAAUAUGUAACAUUAAGAAGACAAGGUUUUAUGUACAUCUACUAGAACUUUGUCACUUUGUUUUUAACUUGCCCUCUUAACCAGCCGAUCUCUAGCCUUCUUAAAAGUCUGUACAAACCCAACAGUAGCAAUUAACUUAAACACAUGGCAUCUCUUCUUAUCUUGCAAUUUGUGUAAGCGAAUCUUGGCUGGCUGGACCAUUUGGUAUUAAAUUAUGGUAUUUUGUA